UCUCACUCCUCUCAGCCUAUGUUCUGCUUGCCCGAAUCAUUCACUCUCCCUUAUCCAACCCUAGCUACUCUUUUCGACCCACUGCCGCGUCCGUCCGUCGAGCCACUGCCGCGUCCGUCCGUCGAGCUCGGCCACCGUUCGUCCGUGUAGCCACUGCACCCAAGUCUCCAACUCCCCUGCUCUCUUCUUCCGCGAUCUCGCCCCAUCCCCUACUCUUUGCAUCUUCUUGCCAUCCGCUUCAUCUUCUAGCCGUCGUCUGGUCGGUGUCGUCCAUCAAUGAAAGGUCUGUCGGCGUCGUCUUCGAAGGGUGAUGAUAGGGAGACCGGCAUCGAGGACGUUGAGAGUUUACGUGAAAAAUCGGUUUUGCUGUCCGGUGCAGUCCUAGACAACCGUUUGGCCUCCGUGGGAGAAACCAAAACCGAUAGCCACAGGGCGAAAGCAAAGUGGAAACUCAAGUCAGUUGUUACACUUGCAUUGACUGUUCUUACUAGUUCGCAAGCCAUUCUAAUCGUUUGGUCCAAGAGAGCUGGCAAGUACGAGUAUAGUGUAACCACCGCAAACUUUCUAGUGGAGACUUUAAAAUGUGCUAUAUCCCUUGUGGCCCUUGCAAGAAUAUGGAAAAAGGAAGGUGUCACCGAGGACAAUCAGUUGAGCACCACAUUAGAUGAAGUUAUAGUGUAUCCCAUUCCAGCAGCACUUUACCUUGUCAAAAAUUUGCUUCAGUAUUACAUUUUUGCAUAUGUAGAUGCUCCUGGCUAUCAGAUAUUAAAAAACUUGAAUAUUAUCAGUACAGGUGUUCUCUACCGAAUUAUACUCAAGAAGAGGUUAAGUGAGAUUCAAUGGGCUGCUUUUAUUCUACUGACUGCUGGUUGCACUACAGCCCAGUUGAAUUCAAAUGCUAGCGAGGAAGUUGGUUCCUCAGCACAUUCUCUGGAAUCCUCACAAGACUAUUCUAUUGAUCUAGGUGUAAUGGCACUCUUGAGUGGUUUUGCAGGAGUAUAUACCGAGGCUAUUAUUAAGAAGCGCCCUUCACGAAACAUAAACGUUCAGAACUUCUGGCUUUAUAUCUUUGGCAUGGGCUUCAAUGCUAUUGCAAUACUGGUUCAAGAUUUUGAUGCUGUGAUGAACAAGGGAUUCCUCCAUGGAUAUUCGCCCAUUACUGUUCUCAUGAUUUUCAAUCAUGCACUCAGUGGAAUUGCUGUAUCGAUGGUGAUGAAGUAUGCUGACAAUAUUGUGAAGGUGUACUCUACUUCGGUGGCAAUGCUUCUUACGGCAGUAGUUUCUGUCUACCUUUUCGGAUUUCAUCUCUCCCUUGCAUUUUUCCUUGGUACAACUGUUGUCUCUGUUGCGAUUUAUCUGCAUUCUGCCGGGAAGAUGCAAAGAUAGCUGUAACUACUACCUGGUUCUUUUGACCCCAUUUCAUAUUCAUACAUUUUCAAAUUGUUAAUUAAAUAUCAUAGUAUAUUUUGACGAGUUUAAUUUUCAUGUAUGGACAUUGUAAAACGUUUUACAUAGUCAUGCAAUUACAAUCAUUAUCAUUCACGUAGUAAAUGUAAAAGUUAUUUUUGCUAAUGUGACAUUUAUAUGAUUAGAUGCGCGUGUAAAACAAUUUUACACUGAUAGUGUAUUAAAAUUAAAUUCAUAUUUUGACAUA